AUGGUUAUUACUGGUUUUGAUCAUGCUUUUAUUCAGAGACUUAAACAACAAUUACAGGCUUCAUUUCAUAAGAAAUAUCUUGGUGAACUACAUUAUUCCCUUGGUCUUUAUGUUAAUUCUACAUCUAAGCGUAUCUUUCUCCAUCAACACAAGUAUGCUAUAAAUUUGCUUUCUAUGACGGGUCUUCAAUCGCCUAAUCUGGUUGGUACUCCCUUUGAGGUUAAUGUUAAAUAUCACCGUGAUGAUAAAGAUCCUUUGUCUGAUCCCUUAUUGUAUCCACAACUUGUGGGUGGCCUUAGUUACUUAACUAUUACUCGCCCUGAAAUAUAUUUUGUUGUUCAGCGAGUGGACAUUGAUGAGUUCCAAGUGUUCACCGGUGUCAGUUGUUCUGUCGUAUAUUCCAUUCCUGGUGGUUUGUAA